UAUUCGGUGCGGAUUUCGCGUGUUUUUUCCGCGAAACCCUCGUCGUCGUCGUCGCAGUUUGUCGCGGUAUUCGUCGAGUAAGAUUGCAGGAAGAUAACGGGAAGAUCUUCUUGACUAGAGAGUGAAGAGGCCUCUUAUCGGCGUUUGUUGGUUGACUACAAGCUUUCUUAUUAGGAUUUUGUUGCGAUAGCAGGUCCAUUAUCAGCCACAUCACGGGCAAUAUUGUGUAAUCCUCAUCCUACCUCAUCGCGCCAAGUCGCCACGAGUCGGAUUGAACUCGCUCCGGCGCACUGACUGAGUGAAAUGUCCAGCUGAAACCCGCCGCCGACGACGAUGAAUCCAACCCAGUAUGCGCAAGAUCCGAGCAUCCACGAGAUGCGCCGGGAGGAGAACCCGGUGACCAAGGCGAACGGUCUGUCCCGGUACACGUUCUGGUGGCUUAGGAACCUGUUCCAGACGGGGCUGAAGCGGCCGAUCGACGAGGCCGAUAUCUAUGAAACGCUGUCGGCUCACCAGAGCGAACAGCUGUCGUACCAGUUUGAGGAUCGCUGGAAGCUGGAGUUGAAGAAGGACAGACCGAGCUUUUUGCGGGUGAUUGUGGCGAUUUACGGGUGGACCAUUUUGGCGAAUGGGUUCAUGUACACGACUAUUGAUUCGUUUUCAAGGAUAGUGCAGCCGCUGUGCCUUGGCGGACUGGUGUCCUACUUUGCCCCUGGCCAGACCACCAUCAGCAAAACCGAAGCGUACUACUACGCGGGAGGAAUUGUGGCCUGCUCGUUUGUUCCGGUCGCCGUGUUCCAUCACUUUAUUCUGUACAUCUUCCAGAUUGGCAUGAAGAUCCGGGUGGCGUGCUGUUCGUUGCUGUACAAAAAGGCCCUCCGGAUCACGAAGGCGGCCGGAACGGACGGCCUCACCGGACAGGUGAUUAAUUUAAUGUCCAACGACGUGGCCAAAUUCGACACGGCCACCGGCUUCGUGCACGACAUCUGGAAGGGUCCGAUCGAGCUGGUCGUGCUCGGUUGGUUCAUCUACCGCGAGAUUGGCGUGGCCGGUCUGAUUGGAAUUGCGUUCCUGCUGAGCUUCAUCCCGCUGCAAGCCUGGGUCGGCAAGAAGGCGGCCUCGUUCCGUCUGAAAACGGCGACCCGCACCGAUCGGCGGGUUCGUUUCAUGAACGAAAUCAUCCAGGGCAUCCAGGUGAUCAAGAUGUACGCCUGGGAGCACAGCUUCAGCCGCAUGGUGGACUCGAUCCGGCGCCGCGAGGUGGCCGGUAUCCGCGGGACGCUGUUUAUCCGGGCCGGCCUGCUCUCGUUCAACUUGGUGUCGCGACUUUCGAUUUUCCUGAGUUUGGUCGGCUACUGCUACUUUGGCAAUGUGUUCACCGCCAAGAAGGUGUUCAUCGUCACGUCGUACUUUAAUCUUCUGUACAGCUCGAUGCUGCACUUUUGGCCGCUGGCGUUGACUUCGGUGGCCGAGGGACUGAUAUCGAUUCGGAGGAUUGAGGAGUUUUUGCUGCUGCCCGAGCGGAAGUUGCUGGAUCCGAAACCGACUGCCAACGGGAAUCACGAGGGGGAAAGCGAGCUCAAACUGCUGCAUGGGGUGAAAAUGACCAACGGAGUGGCUGCUCAUGACAAACCGUUGAAGAUGAUGUCCGUUGUGGCGCGGAGUAAGAGGUUCGUCAACAAGAAGGGAUUCGCUAGGAGAGGAGUGUUUAUGAAGAAUGGAACCGCUUGCUGGAACAAGGCAGCUGAGGGAGAACACGUCAAGGUGACUGGCAUUCGGGACGUAACGCUGACGGUGGAAAAGUCCAAACUGUGUGCCAUUGUUGGUCCGGUUGGAAGUGGCAAGUCAACGCUGCUACAGGUAAUCUUGGGAGAACUGGAGCUGGACGAAGGUCGGCUGGAGAUCAGUGCAUCCGCCGUUAGUUAUGCCCCUCAAGAGCCGUGGCUUUUCGAAGGAUCCGUCAAGAACAACAUCGUGUUUGUGGAGGACUUCAACGAGAAGCGAUACAAAGAAGUGGUGAAGGUUUGUGCCUUGGAGAGGGACUUCCAGCUGUUACCGUUGGGAGAUGAGACCAUCGUUGGGGAGCGAGGAAUCAGCCUGAGUGGUGGACAAAGAGCGCGAAUCAGCCUGGCCAGAGCCAUCUACCGGAAGGCUGAUGUCUACCUGUUGGAUGAUCCACUAUCUGCCGUGGAUACCCACGUGGGAAAACACCUCUUCGAACAAUGUAUCAGAGACUACUUAAAGGACAAAGUUUGCGUGCUGGUAACGCACCAGCUCCAGUACCUGCAGGACGUCGAGCACGUGGUGCUGAUGAAUGGGGGCGCCAUCGAGGCCCAGGGACCCUACCGGGAGCUGCAGGCGGCCAACGCGUACCCACUGCUGGCAACACUGGCCCAGCAACAGGCGGCCCGGCUGGCCCGCGAGAGCGAACAACAGCGCGACCAACUGGAGCAGUACGUGGACGGGGAAGGUGCGGCCCAGGAAGGGGAAGGGGAGGAUAAGCCCCUCAUCGCGAGUACGGUUCCACGUUUCACGGUUGACCGCAUCCACGAGCCGUUCCCGCUGCCUCCGGCGAUGCCGCCGGCCCACCGGAUGGCCCACUCGCAUCAGUCGCUGUACCAACCGUCGCCCUUCUCGUCCUGCAGCAUGGUGUUUGACGGAUUUGACGACGGCGAUGGAAAGCUGCAAAAUGGCGGCGGCGGCGGCAAAGCGGGCGUACCGCAAGAGUCCACCAAAGAAUCUCAAAUUACCGGAACGGUCGGCUUUGCGGUGUACCGGAGCUACUUCCGGGCGGUCGAAAGCGCCGUUCUGGUGACCACCGUCGGGUUGCUGUUCCUGCUGGCCCAGGGAACCAUGAGUGGCAUCGAUUACUUCAUCUCGCAGUGGGUCAACCAGGAGGAGUUCCUCAGCCAAAACUCAACCAAUUCUUCCGUCCCGGUGCGGUCCAAGCUAGAGGGAACCGUCUUUGCCGAGCUAACCCGCGAACAGUACCUGGUCACCUACGCCGGAGCAAUGGCCGUCAUGCUGUGCCUGUCGCUCAACCGAUCCUUCUCCUUCUUCUACCUCUGCCUGCGGGCAUCGAUCCGGCUGCACGACCAGCUGUUCCGGGGCAUCACCCGGGCCACGAUGUUCUUCUUCAACACGAACCCUUCGGGCCGGAUUUUGAACCGCUUUUCGCGCGACAUUGGCUGCAUCGACAUCUUUCUGCCGUCGGCCAUGAUGGAUUGCAUUUUGUUCUUCGUAGAGUUCACCGCCAUCAUCAGCCUGGUUGCGGUCGUCAACUACUGGCUCCUGCUGCCGACGGCCGUCAUGGGGGUGCUGUUCUACGGACUCCGCCACGUCUACACCAACACGGCCCGCAGUAUCAAACGGGUGGAGGCGCAGACACGCAGUCCCAUUUUCUCGCACGCGAACGCGUCCUUCCAGGGCCUGACGACGAUCCGGGCCUUUGGGGCGGAGAAAAUCCUCGCGUACGAGUUCGAUAAGCAUCAGGACCUGAACACCUCGGCCUGGUAUCUGUUUCUGGCGGCGACCCGUGCCUUCGCCCUGUGGCUGGAGUUGGUUUGCGUGCUGUACAUUGCCACCGUGACGUUCAGCUUUCUGCUGAUGGAGAACACGAUGAGCGGAAACGUGGGUCUUGCAAUCACGCAGGUGUUCAACCUGAUCUUCAUGUGUCAGUGGGGUAUGCGACAAACGGCUGAACUGGAGAACCAGAUGACUUCGGUUGAACGGGUGGUCGAGUACGCCGAGGUUGAACCGGAACCUCCGCUGGAAACGAUGGACGAAAAGAAGAAACCGGCUGCGGACUGGCCCAACGAGGGAGCGAUCAAGUUUGAAUACUUUUCGCUGCGGUAUUCUCCGGGAGGCGAUCUCGUGCUGAAAGAUCUACAACUUGCGAUUGAACCAAAGGAGAAGAUCGGAAUCGUUGGCCGAACGGGAGCCGGCAAAUCUUCCAUUAUACAAGCCCUGUUCCGACUGGCCGUCAACGAGGGUAUCAUCAAGAUUGACGGCCUGGAUAUCGGUGGACUUGGACUGCACGACCUGCGCAAGAAGCUGUCAAUCAUUCCACAAGAUCCGGUGCUCUUCUCGGGGACGGUCCGAGAGAAUCUGGAUCCGUUCGGGCAGCACACCGACGAAGACAUGUGGCGAGCGCUGGAUCAGGUCGAGCUCCGCGAAGCGGUACGUCGUAUGGACGGAGGUCUCGAUGGCAAGAUGUCCGACGGAGGGUCCAACUUCAGCAUGGGCCAACGACAGCUAGUUUGCUUGGCGCGAGCAAUUCUCCGCAACAACAAAAUACUCAUCCUAGACGAAGCCACUGCCAACGUGGACCCGGAGACGGACAAGCUGGUCCAGCGAACGAUCCGUGAGCAGUUUGGCGACUGCACGGUGCUCACGAUCGCCCACCGGCUGCACACCGUCAUGGACAGCGAUCGGGUGCUGGUGAUGGACGCGGGUCGCGCCGUCGAGUUUGGCCACCCGCACCAACUGCUCAAGCAGCGGAAGGGAUUCCUGCGGAAGCUGGUCAACCAGACGGGGGAGGAAACCGCCACUGAGCUGGCUGCGGUCGCCGAGACGAACUACCGCCAGCGAAGCAGCGCGCGGGACAGCUGAGAAUCUCGAGUAAAAUUGUUUUACAACACACACCAAAGAUCGAAUAGCGAGAGACAGGGAACAAUUCCGUACUUAGGCGAUAAGCGUACUUCUUUUAACGAGGUUUCGAUUCCAACCGUAAUACGUACACACGCAAUUUUCGUGUGCAUUUUUUAUACGCGCUUUGAUAUGAAAAUGGCAAUAAAGAGCGAGAAUUAUACGUCACAAA